AUGACCUUGUCUGUAUCGGCUCUGGCCAUGUGCAGUCCUGCAGAGGAGGACAGUUCAAGAGAGGAUCACAGUUCUUUAUCCGUCGAGGAGAGAGGAUCUGAACCUCCAUCCUCUCCACCCUCCUUCAUAGAUGAGCUUGUGUUCUCUAUGUCGGGUUCUUCCUCUCUCUCUGAGUCUGGACGCCAAGACUCAAUGGACUGUUUAAGAGCCACCGAGAAUUGUAACCAGGACCAAAAGUGCAGCCAUCGCUUCAGGAUCAUGAGGCAGUGUCUGGCAGGCAAGGACAGGAACACCAUGUUGACCAAUAAGGAUUGCCAGGAAGCCCAGGAAGUGUUGAAGGAUAUGGCUCUGUUCGACUGCCGCUGCAAGAGGGGAAUGAAGAAAGAAAUGCAGUGUCUGCAGAGUUACUGGAGCAUCAACAAAGGCCAGACUGAAGGUGAGGACUUUUAUGAGCCAUCUCCUUAUGAGCCCAUGACGCCUCACCGACAUUCAGAUGCAUUUCGCCUGGCGUCAAUCAUCUCAGGCAUACAGUCUGGCACAAGUAAAGGCCAGCCACACUGCUCAGAUCCCAGCCGCCCAUGCAACCCCUGUCUGGACGCCACCAAAGCCUGCAACCUGAAUGAAAACUGCAAGCGUCAGCGUUCCAACUACAUUUCCACCUGCACGCGUGCGCAGACCCAGGGCCAGCAACCCUCACAGCCUCAGUCGCAGGACAGCUGCAACAGAAAGCGCUGCCAUAAGACCUUGCGUCUGUUCUUUGAGCGUGUUGACACACAAUACAGCUACGGGUUGCUCUUCUGCUCCUGUAAGGACCAGGCCUGUGCUGAGAGGAGGAGACAGACCAUUGUACCCUCCUGUUCCUAUCAGGACAAGACCAAACCCAACUGUCUUCAGCUGCGCAACACCUGCCGCCUGGAUGUGCACUGCAGGUCACGACUGGCUGAUUUCCACACAAACUGUCAGAUGACCCCUCACUCCAUCAGCAGCUGCCUCAACGAUGACUAUCAGGCCUGCCUUACAUCUUACACCAGACUCAUUGGUACAGAUAUGACUCCUAACUACAUGGACUCAGGUCACUCAAACUUCACCAUCUCCCCCUGGUGUACCUGUAAAGGCAGCGGGAAUCAGGAGGAGGAGUGUGAGAAAUUUCUGCAGGACUUCAGAGAAAACAACUGUCUCCGAAAUGCUAUCCAGGCCUUCGGCUAUGGGUCGCUACCCAAACCUGAUCCUCAGCCUACUACAGGCUCAAUGAAACCUGAUCUUGAGCUCACUGCCAGCAUCCCUAAAACAACUAUGGAACCUGGGGAGGAGCCCUGCAUCAUAUCAUCCUGUGCGAAUUUAAACGAACUUGAUUGCUAUCCAUCAAAAGACUACAUCUGCGGAAGUGAGGUUCCUGGCAGUCCACCUAACACAAGAGUAGAGUACCCCAGAAAUUCAAGCCCAGGCACAAAAGCCCUAAAUGAUGUUUUGAUGCUCAGUCUAUUGUUUGCUCUUGGAAACCUCGCUAUGUAGAACUACCUGAGCUUCAUAAGCCAGCGCAUUGAGGAAAAGGCUGACGGAAACUCCCUCAUGAUCAUCUUCAGACCAAACUAAUGCCUCUCUCCUCUACUGCAGCUUUUUUUCUUUCAGAUAAACACCAAACAGAAAGAACACAGAGACACAUAUCGAAAAGACUGCUGCAUCCUUGCCAUGGCCGAAAGAGAACGUUGUAUACCGAAUGAGCAAACGGCCAAGAAACAGACAUUAUGUACUUAGCCGCUUGAGUCCAAAGUCUACUGCCUGAUUGGUGGACCUGCAACUUAAGACCCAGGCACAGAGCUUUCCAGUCUAGUGUACUACUUCCUGCCGCCCACACCACCCAUAAAAUGGGCGUCUCGCAGCACCCAUCAGGCCUGAAUUACCCGUUGUCUGGCACUGGAUUACAUCAUCUCUGAGAGGCAUUCUCCAUCCCGGCCCACUGCCCAUUUAUUGGAUUUGCUGCGCUCUUCUUUGACAGCUGCUUUAGCUUUCUCAUUGUGAUUAUUCCUUUUUGGUUCCGUCUUUUUUCCUUCUUUUGUCCACCAGUCGAAAAGGAGUAAUUACUUUACCGUGGUUCCUUUAAACGUGAAGUGUUUGAAGUUUAAAUCUGUAUCCUGUUGACACGGCACGAGGUGGAUGUCAAGGGCGACAGCUUUCUUAGUCACGUUCUAUACUUAGUUUGACAGAUUUGAAAAAGAAAAGAAUGUUGAGAUGAAGUUGAUGAAAAUGUACCAGUGGAUCAACAGGAGAAGUAGAUCUUUACAAACGGCUUUCGUGUGGGUUCACAAUGUCAAUGGGCUGCCCACACAUGUAUAAUUUUGUCUGUGAAUAUGAAUGUUUUUCUUUCCAAAAGUACAGCUGAUGAUUAUUAUGUGUUGUCUUUAAUUGAAUGAUGAUGAGACUCUAGAAAAGCAGUGGGAGUGACAAGAACUGCAUGACUGAAGAAGACCUGGAGGUGCUCAUUCCACUAACCAUUAUUAGUCAUGCCAUAAUCGAUCUCUGGUUAAAUGGAGUUCUAUACAAGAAAAACCCUGACAAGGAUGGCUUGCAUUUUGGGACAUUCAUUGUCAUGUGAAUCAUUGUGUGCAAUUUAUGAUGUGGCCUUACUCUUUGUUUUUCCUCCCCAUUAUUUUUUAGUUGCUGUGUGGCGAAGUUAGAUUUUUGAUGUUCAGAAUGUUUCUAAAAAUGUACUCACCCCGAUUCACAGGUUCAGUAAAUGCACUAGAUACGUAUGACUCUUAUCAACAUUCCAAAUACUGACGUUAUGAAUA